UUGAACCGGGACUUUGGUCCACGCGUGACGCGCGUCGCGUUAGCCAAACCGCUGCGCGCGUCAAUUUUAAAAUAGCUAACAGCUACGCCCUACAAAGUUUACAGUUGUUAAGUGUCGGUUGUUGGUCGGUUGAUAAGAAACGAUUAUCUUCCCUUCUACCUGGUUUACCUACGGAAGACGACUCUGCAAUCGAGGCGAAUUAGUAGCUAAAAUCGAUAGAUACCCGCCGAUGGCUUCCCAAUUUACCAAGCUCCUACAACCAAUCACGAUAGGACCCUUCACAUUGCGCAAUAGAGUCAUAAUGUCAGCGCUGACACGCUCUCGCUCUGUGCCUACCAAUGUUCCAAAUGACAUUAACCUCGACUACUACGUCCAACGUGCGCGCGGCGGCGCUGGGCUUAUUACAACUGAGGGAACAUUGAUCUGUCAACAAGGGACUGAAUGGCAGAACGCACCUGGAAUAUGGAAUAAAGACCAGGUUGCCGCUUGGAAAAAGAUAACGGAUGCCGUACACACAGAAGGAGGCUUGAUAUUCACACAGUUAUGGCAUCUGGGCCGUGUGAAUCACCCAGAUGCCCCUGAACAAAAGGCUUCAGGAAUGCCGGUUUACGGACCCUCUGGCAUAGCAGCACGUGGGGGAAAGUUCAGGUUUUUGCCUGGUCAGCCUGGAUAUGUGACCCCCGUUGCAGUAGAUGAUCCUCGCGUUAUCAUCGACUUGUACAGACAAGCUGCUAUCAAUGCCAAGGAGGCAGGCUUUGAUGGCGUUGAACUUCAUGCUGCAAAUGGGUACCUCGUCCAUCAGUUCUUAGACUCCACGUCGAACAAGCGGACUGAUUCAUAUGGCGGUUCCAUUGAGAAUCGGGCCCGCUUUGGCCUCGAAAUUUUGAAGGAGUUCGUGUCUGUUUGGGGCAGUAAGAGAGUCGCGGUUCGCUUGAGCCCAUCAGGUGGAUACAACGACAUGGGGAUGCCCUUGCAGGAGAACAUCGACACUUUCCGAUACUUCAUCAGCCAAGCAGAUCUUCUCGACCUUGGGUAUAUUUGCCUGGUACGCUAUAUUCCAGCAUUCGACCCAAAAAUCGAUGGAAAGUACCGUGCUACAAACCAUGACGUGCUCAAAGAAUAUCGUCCAUGCAUCAAGAAAUCCCCUCUCUUCCUCAACGGCGGUCUCACACCUGAAGAAGCCAAUCAACUCAUUGCUGCAAAUGAGAUAGAUGCUGCUGCAUUCGGAACCCUCUGGAUCGGCCACCCCGAUCUUGCAAAGAGAAUCGAGCAUGGUAUUCCAUUAGAUGCAAAGUUGGAUCCGAAAACUUUUUACGGAAGCGGCCCGCAAAUCCCUUAUGAACAGCAGAAGAAAGGAUACACUGAUUAUCCUGCGGCUCGGCUUUAGAUUCAAGUUAACUCUACGAAAAGUAUUGGAAGCCUUUUGAUAUGCAUCCACUAUGCAAUGUAAUCACUA